UCUACGUCGGUCUCUGGCUCUUGCAGCCCUUUGAAGGAACUUUCUCUCCUUCGUUCCUUCACAACAAGAUGGACUGGACCGAGGACGACGGAGCAGGCCACGGCCACAUGCAUGACGGCUGUCAGCACGGACAUGGAGGUCAUUCUCACAGCCACGGGCCGAGAGCCGCGCACCCCUUCAUGACGGGCUUUCACGGACAGUUCGGCAAAAGCUCAGAGCAGACGAUGAACCUCAGCCAGCAGCCGAAGAAACGCUCCCACAUGGACGACAGCAGCACAUGGGACAUCGUGAAGGCAUCGCAGUUUGGUAUCCUGGAGCGCUGUAAGGAGCUGGUCGAAGCCGGUUAUGACGUCAGACAGCCAGACAAAGAGAACGUCACUCUGCUGCACUGGGCAGCCAUCAACAACCGCUCAGAGCUGGUCAAGUAUUAUAUCUCUAAAGGGGCCAUAGUGGACCAGCUCGGAGGAGACCUGAACUCUUCUCCUCUUCACUGGGCGAUAAGGCAGGGCCACCUCCCCAUGGUGAUCCAGCUGAUGAGAUACGGAGCAGAUCCCUCCAUCGCAGACGGGGAAGGUUACCGCGCUCUCCACCUCGCCAUCCUCUUUCAGCACAUGGCCAUAGCAGCUUAUCUCAUGGCAAAGGGACAGGAAGUUGACGGUCCUGACUGCAACGGACAGACGCCACUGAUGUUAGCAGCCCUGAAGAUAAUUGGGCCUGAACCUACAAACUUCCUCAUCAAAAAUAACGCCUCUGUGAGCGCUGUGGACAAAGUGAACAGGAACACUCCUCUGCACUGCGCCGUGCUGGCAGGAAACGUAGACGCUGCCCACAUCCUGCUGGAGGCCGGGGCCAGUGUGGACGCAGAAAACAUAAACGGUCACACUCCCAUCGACGUGGCCCACCAGGUGCACAGCCCGCUGCUCAUCCACAUGCUGAAUCACGUCAAACAGGAGAGGAUUCGCUCUAAUACACGCUGCCUACGACUCCUCAACAGAUACAGGGUUUUUCUACAGUUUCUGCUCUGCACUGCCUUCUUUGGAAGUGUGGGCGCCAUCAUAGAUAUGAACUCUGAGUCCUGGCUGCUCAAAGGGAUCCUGCUGGCCUGUGUGAUAGGUCUGAUCAAUCUGGCCUUAAGGAACUUCCCCAGUCUGGACUUUCAUUCUCUGCUACCUGCUUCAACUCUCAUGGCCUCAGUCUUCUGGAUGAUUGUUACCUGGUGCCUCUGGUUCCUCCCAGAUGGGCCCAGCGCCACAGUUCAGGUCUUGUUCACUCUGAAUGCCACUGCUCUGCUCUACUACUACCUCCGCACCUGCAGGACCGACCCCGGCUUUGUGAAGGCGACCGAGGAAGAGAAGAAAAUAAACGUGUUGGUGUUGGCUGAAGCCGGAUGUCUGGGGCCCAGAAUAUUCUGCACUUCUUGCAUGACAAAGAAACCAAUGAGAACCAACCACUGCUUUUCUUGUGACGCCUGUGUGGCCAAGCAGGACCACCACUCAGUCUGGACCAACUGCUGCAUCGGUGCGAGGAACCAUCACUACUUCAUCCUCUUUCUGUUCUCUCUCAUGCUGAUGGGAGCCUGGAUGUUCUACGGUUGUCUCAUCUACUGGUCGACCCACUGCAUGCUGCAUUACGAGGAUCAGGGUGUGUGGGGGGUGGUCUCUGCCCUGGUCACCUGCUCUCCCUGGGUGCUCAGCAUCUUCCUGCUGGCCUUCUAUCACACCUGCUGGUCUAGCUCGGUCCUGGUGCUGCAGCUCUACCAGAUUGCCUUCCUGGGACUGACCACAGCAGAGCGAACCAACCUGACACUCCACCAGAUGAAGCUCGGGAAAUCUGUAUCCCUCAAACAAAACCCUUACAAUUUGGGUGUGGUGAAGAACUUGGUCUCCUUCUUCCACCUGCGUUGUUGCGGCCUCUUCAAACCGGCCAUCAUCGACUGGACGCAGCAGUUCCCUCCUGGCCGCGACCAGCACAUGUUCGGACACACCGACAUGGUCUGACCCCUCAACCCCCCCCCCCCCCCCCUCGCUCAGGCUCAGGCUCAAUGGUCAGACUCUUACAGUGGUUCUGGACCAAAAGCACAAAGUGUAUUUAUUUAUUUUUUUAAAGGGAAGGCUCCUUGUGAAGAGAGACCUCGGAUAUCAGAAAUGAGGGAAACACAAAAAAAGGAAUGUGUAGAUGUUUGAAUCCAUUGCUCUUUGUACAGACUGCUGCUGCCUUAUACUUGACCGAUGUACGUGAAAUAAGAAUCACAGGUGUUUGAAUGAAGGUAGGGUUUAUGAACCUUUUAAAGGCCUGAAUUGUAAUGGACGUUUGGAGAUGUUUUAUAUAAACACAUCAAGCCUAUUUUCUAUCAUCUGUUCUCGGAGAAAAAAAAAAGUCUUUGUACAUGUACACAGUUGGUUAAUGACUUUUGUAAGAGUUGCAUGUGUUUAAUAAUGAAUGACCACUAUUAUACUACAAUAAAGCAAUGUUGUGCCUGUCUUUAAA